UUUCAUUGAGGUGGUGGGGAAGUGUGGCAGAAGGCUCCUGAGCGAAGCCGGCGAAGUGGUGUGUGGUGGUGUCCAGGGGCUUCUGUGCUACCAAACUGCAGCUCGUUUCGCCCAGUCACUGCAGAUACCUUGUGGCAUUCACUGAGAUCCGCUGGGCGGAAUUCAUCCUUCUGGUGGGCAAUGGAGAGAAGAAGUCGGUCUUAGGAUGCGCUUACCUUUGCCAGACAGCAGGGGGUCCCCCUGGAGAUAAGGUGAGGUGCCUGCAGCCUGUGGGUGCUUGGACUUUCUGGAUAGAAGGAAAGCAGAUAUUAUCCUUCACACUCCCUUUAGACGUUCCUACUGCUGUUGAGAAGAGUUUGUCGGACUAUGGUUGUUAUGGGAAGCCAUGAGUGCGCCCUUGUGGGCGCAGCGCCAUAGAUUCUUGCGCCGGCUGAAGGGGAGUCCGCUGUGCUUGGGGUCCGAGCGGCUGGAGAUGCCGGGACACUGGUGACAGGAGGUGAAGCCAAAAACGAUGCGAAACGGUGUCAGCUGCGCACUUGGCCGGACACUGAGGUGAUGGGAAUUUAGUAGCAGGCGCAAACCGCUUUUUGCUUUGUGAUUUUAAUCGCGACUCGAGCUUUAAUCAGACGCGAUGGCAUCGGAAGUGGUGUGUGGGCUCAUCUUCAGAUUUCUUCUCCCACUAUGCCUGGUUGUAGCGUGCAUGUUCCGGUACAAUGGAAUAUCUUUUGUCUACCUCAUCUACCUCUUGCUUAUACCUUUAUUUUCGGAGCCUACCAAAAUAACAAUGCAAGGUCAUACAGGACGGUUAUUAAAAUCCUUAUGUGUUUCCAGUCUGUCAUUUCUGCUGCUGCACAUCAUCUUUCAAAUUACCGUAUACAGCCUCGAGGCCAGAAAACACAUUGAACCACAUUUUAACUGUUCAACAUGGGAGAAAGCAAUACGACAAAUUGGUUUUGAAAGUGUAAAAGGAGCAGAUGCUGGUAAUGGAAUCCGCGUGUUUGCACCAGAUAUCGGAAUGUUUAUUGCAAGCUUGGCUACCCUGUUGGUUUGUAGAAAACUAGUUCAGAAAACAGUUACUGAAGAGGACGCACAAUACAACCCCCAGUUUGUAAAUGAAGAAAUGGCAGAAGAAGGAAAGGUGGACCUGGAUGAAGCGUUAAUGUAUGAGGAAGACUUUGAUGGAGAAGAGGAUGAAAUUGAGGCAGCUGAAGAAAGCACAAAAUUAAAAAUUCUUCGCAGAAUUGCUUCAUUUGCAUCCGUACUUAAAGAGUUUAUUGGCAACAUUAUAACCACAGCUGGGAAAGUAGUUAUUACAAUUUUACUUGGUUUAACAGGCAUGAUGUUGCCGUCUUUGACCUCAGCUGUGUAUUUCUUUGUAUUUUUGGGGCUAUGCACAUGGUGGUCCUGUUGCCGAGUAUUUGAUCCGCUGAUAUUCAGCUGUCUAUGUGUAUUAAUGGCUAUAUUUAGUGCAGGGCACUUAAUUGGACUUUAUCUGUACCAGUUGCAGUUUUUUCACGAGAUUAUUCCACCAAAUGAUUUCUAUGCCAGGUUGUUUGGUGUUACUUCAUUAGUUCAAACCGACUGCUGUAACACUUGGAGAUUUUUUGCAAACAACAGUCUACCAUGGAACCAGUAUACCAAUCCUGUCAUGCUUUUAGUACUGUAUUACACGCUGGCAACUCUCAUACGCCUUUGGCUACAGGAACCUAUUAAUGUAGAGGAAGAGAAGGAGGAAGACUGUAGCCCAGCAGCACUUACUGCAGAAAGAAGACGUAGUUUGUGGUACUCUAGGCACUACACAACGGAUGAAAGACAACUUCUGUCCAUGACUCAAGAUGACUACAAGCCAUCUGAUGUUUUACUAGUAACUGUAAAUGGGACUCCCGUAGAUUACUGUUCACUAAAUUCAUCACUUCCGAUAGAAAAUGGUCCAACUAAAAUUGACAUGUAUUCAACACCGCAAUAUAAAUGGGACCAUGAAGAUGAAACUUCAGAAAAGAAAGAAGAGGAAGAGCAAGAAGAAGAACCCAAUGAAGAGGUUGCAGAAGAGAAAGAAAACACUAAAGUUCAUGUAAUGGUGGUGGCAUUUCAGUUCAUUAUGAAGCAAAGCUAUAUAUGUGCACUAAUUUCAAUGAUGGCCUGGAGCAUCACAUACCACAGCUGGUUGACUUUUGUUUUGUUAAUCUGGUCUUGUGCUCUCUGGAUGGUCCGAAAUAGGAGAAAAUAUGCUAUGCUUAGUUCACCUUUUAUGGUUAUGUAUGGUAAUUUACUUUUAACAUUACAAUACAUAUGGAGCAUAGCCUUACAAAGUGAUGAACUUCCAGAAGUUAUGGGUCUCCUUGAGAGAAAAAAGCCCGAAGAGCUUGUAUCGAAGAUCAUUUUCACAGUUACAUUUUGGCUUUUGCUCAGACAACACCUUACAGAGCAAAAGGCAUUAAAGCAAAAAGAAUUAGCAUUAUCUGAAAUAAAAGUUGGAAGUGAAGACAAAGAAGGUGAAGUGCAAGAAGAAGAAGAAGAAGUGGAGGAUGAAAAUGAUAUCAUGAAGGUCCUCGGAAAGCUAGUGCAGGCUAUGUUUGUCAAGUACUGGAUUUAUGUCUGUGGCGGCAUGUUUUUUUUUGUCAGCUUUGAAGGAAAAAUAGUUAUGUACAAAAUUAUCUACAUGAUGCUCUUCCUAUUCUGUGUAGCUCUGUAUCAGGUGCACUAUGAAUGGUGGAGACGAAUUUUAAAAUAUUUUUGGAUGUCUGUGGUUGUUUACACCAUGUUGGUGCUUGUUUUUAUUUACACUUACCAAUUUAAAUCAUUUCCGGGCCUUUGGAUGAAUAUGACAGGGCUGGAUAAGGAAAAGUUAGCAGAUCUUGGUUUAGAGACAUUUAACUUGACUGACCUAUUUACUCGUAUAUUUAUCCCAACCUCAUUUUUGUUAGUGUGCAUUUUGCACCUACAUUACUUCCAUGACCGUUUUCUCCAGCUCACUGACCUAAAGGCUGUAACCAGCAAGCAGGACAGCACAAUUUACAGCCAUGCCAAAGUAAAUGGUCGAGUUUACUUAAUAAUAAAUAGCAUCAAGCAAAAAAUUCCAAUUCAGCAAAAUGAAUUGGUGCAUCCAGAAGGAAGUUUGCCUGAUAUAACGAUGAUGAACUUAACAACAGAAUCUGAAAUGCUUGAGGAAAAGCGGUUGGAAAUUUAUGACGAAAAAAAAACUCAUGACCAAGACUCAGAUGAUGAAUGGGAUAAAGGGGAUAGCAAAGAACCAGGUCAUUCUGAUGAUGAAGCUGAGGAUGAGGAAUCAGAAGAAGAAGAAACAACAACAGAGUCCAGGAACAAGUGGCAUCUAGUGAUAGAUCGCUUAACGGUUCUUUUCCUAAAGUUUCUGGAAUAUUUUCACAAGUUUCAGGUCUUUGUUUGGUGGCUUCUGGAGCUUCACAUGAUAAAGAUUGUUUCUUCAUACAUCAUUUGGCUUACUAUAAAGGAGGUUUCACUGCUCAAUUAUGUAUUUUUUAUUGCCUGGGCCUUCGCUUUGCCCUACUCACAAUUCCGGCCAUUGGCAUCAAGUGUUUGCACAGUCUGGACAUGUGUCAUCAUCAUAUGUAAAAUGUUGUACCAGCUAGCCUCCAUUGACCCUGCAACCUUUUCCAGCAACUGUUUAAUGCCACAGCUAAACGAAACAACUGCACGUAACCAAACUGAGCUUAAUUCUUCUGUGCUUUACAAUUCCUCUGUUGAUCCUUCUAAUUGGGUUGGACUAAAGAAGUCAACUCCACUCCUUGCUUAUUUGCGGAACAAUUUGCUGAUGUUGGCCAUGUUAGCUUUUGAAGUAACCAUUUACCGGCAUCAGGAGUAUUACAGGUUGCGAAACAAUCUCACCACACCUGCAACAAAAACCAUCUUUCAUGACAUCACAAGACUUCACUUGGAUGAUGGACUCAUAAAUAGUGCCAAGUAUUUUGUGAACUACUUUUUCUACAAGUUUGGAUUGGAAACAUGUUUCUUACUGUCGGUAAAUGUAAUCGGUCAGAGGAUGGACUUUUUUGCCAUGGUUCAUGCACUUUGGCUUUUUGGCGUAUUAUACCGACGCAGAAGGAAAGCGAUUGCAGAAACCUGGCACAGAUAUUGCUGUUUUCUUGCUUGCAUUAUGGCAUUCCAGUAUUUUAUAUGUAUUGGCAUCCCCCCUGCUGCAUGUAAAGACUAUCCUUGGAGACAACCUGGAGCCAAUUUUAAUUCUAACAUAAUAAAGUGGUUAUACUUUCCAGACUUUAUUGUGAGGCCUAGUCCUCUGUUUCUUGUCUAUGAUUUUUUGCUUUUGCUUUGUGCGUCCCUUCAAAGAGAAGUGUUUGAGGAAGAAAAUAAGGCAGCAGUUCGAAUCAUGGCUGGUGACAAUGUAGAAAUUUGCAUGAACCUUGAUGCUGCAUCUUUUAGCCAACAUAAUCCUGUACCUGAUUUCAUAUACUGCAGAUCUUAUUUGGACAUGGGUAAAGUUAUAAUGUUUAGUUACCUUUUCUGGUUUGUGCUCACCAUCAUCUUCAUCACGGGAACUACACGGAUCAGCAUAUUCUGCAUGGGCUACUUGGUAGCUUGCUUCUAUUUUCUAUUAUUUGGUGGAGAUUUGCUGUUAAAACCUAUAAGAAUCAUCCUACGCUAUUGGGAUUGGCUGAUUGCUUACAAUGUUUUUGUCAUUACAAUGAAAAAUGUAUUAUCAAUAGGAGCAUGUGGCUACAUUGAAUAUUUAAUCAAAGACAGUUGUUGGUUAAUUCAGGCAUUCAGUCUUUCUUGUACAGUGAAAGGUUAUUUUAUCCCCCAAAACACACCUGACUGUCAGUUGCCAAGCGGAGAGGCUGGAAUCAUUUGGGACAGUAUAUGUUUUGCUUUCCUUUUAUUGCAAAGAAGAGUGUUUAUGAGCUAUUACUUCUUACAUGUGGUUGCAGACAUCAAAUCAUCUCAGAUUCUAGCAUCAAGAGGUGCUGAACUGUUCCAAGCUACAAUUGUAAAAGCUGUAAAAGCAAGAAUUGAAGAAGAAAAAAAAUCUAUGGACCAGCUCAAGAGACAGAUGGACCACAUUAAAGCCAGGCAAGAAAAAUAUAAAAAAGGUAAAGAAAAAAUGCUGAGUCUUACACAGGAUGGAGAAGGACAAGAAGUUCAAAAACUAGAUGAUGACGAUGAAGAAGGAGACAAAGCAGACAAAGAGAAAGCCAAGGGCAAAAAAAAGCAGUGGUGGCGACCUUGGGUUGAUCAUGCUUCCAUGGUGAAAAGCGGUGAUUAUUAUUUGUUUGAGACGGACAGUGAAGAAGAAGAUGAGGAUGACAAAAAAGAAGAAGAGCCUAGAAGAAAAUCUGCCUUCCAGAGAGCUAUUGGAAAGUUUGCAUCAGCCAUUAUAGCCUUGCCAAAGUCUGUCAUUAAACUGCCUAAAACAAUUCUUCAAUAUUUAAUCAGAGCUGCAAAGUUUUUGUACCAAGCAUGGAUUACUGAUCCAAAAACAGCCCUUAAGCAAAGAAGCAUGGAAGCCAAAGAAGAAAAGGCAAGGGAAAUGAGGCGAAAGGGCAUUGCUGAAGGUGAUAUUAUUGUAGAAUGUGGGGAUAAAGAAGAAGAAAAAGAGCAAGGAAAAAAGAAAUCAGAUGGCCCAGACAAUAUCUUCAAAAGAAUAUUUAACAUCCUGAAGUUUACUUGGGUCCUCUUCCUUGCUACAAUCGAUAGUUUUACGGCUUGGCUAAACUCCAUUUCAAGAGAACAUAUUGAUAUCUCCAAAGUUCUAAGCAUAGAACGUUGCAUGCUGACUAGAGAGAUAAAAAAGGGCAAUGUGCCUACUCGAGAAAGCAUCCACAUGUAUUACCAAAAUCAAAUAAUGAUGAGCCUUUCUAGAGAGUCUGGACUUGACAGAAUUGAUGACCAACCUGGUUCAUCGUCCAGUCACCAUAGCCAUGACAAGAUGGCGAGUAAAAGGAUGGACAGUGCAGACUCAGCUGUAUCUCAUGAUAGCAUAUCAAGCUGCUGCACUGAAGCAACCAUGCUAUUCUCAAGGCAAUCUACACUUGAUGAUUUAGAUGGACCAGACUCUGUACCAAAAACAAGUGAGCGUGCUCGACCUAGGCUUCGUAAAAUGUACAGCAUGGACAUGUCUUCUUCAUCUGCUGACAGUAUAGCUUCAAGUGAGCCAACUCAGUGCACCAUGGUCUACUCACGGCAGGGCACAACAGAAACUAUUGAGGAAGUGGAAGAUGAAGAGGAGGAAGAAAGCAAAAGUCCUUUAUCAAAGAUAGAAGCCGAGGAAGAAGAAUAUGACAUGGAUUUGGAAGGGACAAGCUAUACUCCGGACACAGAAUUUCCCCUGUACGCCACUACAGAGGGGGAUCUUCCUCCUUCGUACAGUAAAGCCGGCAGCUUCGAACAACUUACAUUUGUAUCUCAGGACUCGGCUGACAAUUUAAUGGUUCUAAGCCCAGAUGAAAGUCGUACUGAUAAGCUACAUGAUCAUAUUCUUCCACCUCUUACACAUGAACUGACUGCUAGCGAGCUGCUUCUAAACAAAAUGUUUUAUGAUGAAGAGUUAGAAGACUCUGAAAAAUUUUAUACUACUCAACCACGCCCGCUGCAGCUUAUUUAUGCCUUGUAUAAUACAUUGGUGGCCAGAUCAGAAAUGGUGUGCUAUUUUGUGAUUAUUCUUAAUCACAUGAUUUCAGCUUCUAUGAUCACAUUGGUACUGCCCAUCCUUAUAUUCCUUUGGGCUAUGCUUUCUGUCCCAAGGCCCAGUAAGAGAUUUUGGAUGACAGCUAUUGUAUAUACAGAGGUGACAAUUGUUAUUAAAUAUUUUUUCCAAUUUGGAUUCUUCCCAUGGAAUAAAAAUGUGGAUUAUACAAAGGACAAACCUUACUUCCCACCUAACAUAAUGGGCAUUGAGAAGAAAGAAGGUUAUGUGCACUAUGACCUGGUGCAACUGCUUGCUCUGUUUUUCCAUAGAUCUAUUUUAAAGUGCCACGGGCUUUGGGAUGAAGAUGAUGUCACUGAAAAAGCCACAGAUAAAGACGACACGGAUGGAGAGAUAUCAGAGGCAUCAGGAAGAAGGGAUUCCGUUGGCUCAUUGAAAUCUGUCAAUCUAGCUGCGUCUGUGGAGUCAGUCCAUGUGCACUUCCCUGAGGAAAAGACCGCUAUCAGGAGAAAAAGCACAAGCAGUGGAUCGCAAAUUUCCCGAAGGUCAAGUUAUUCCUCGCACAGGUCUAAAAGAGGCAGCACCAGUACUCGGAACAGCAGUCAAAAAGGAAGCAGCAUUCCCAGUAUUAAACUGAAAUCUAGAAAGGAACUUAUACUGGAAAAACUCAGAGAACAGCUCAUUAAAGCAAAAGCAUUUACGAUCAAGACGAUACUACAAAUCUAUGUCCCGAUCAGACAGUUUUUUUACAAUCUUAUACAUCCUGAAUACAGUGCUGUGACUGAUGUCUAUGUGCUGAUGUUCCUGGCAGACACUGUAGAUUUCAUCAUUAUUGUUUUUGGAUUUUGGGCGUUUGGAAAACACUCCGCUGCAGCAGAUAUUACAUCCUCUCUAUCAGAAGACCAAGUCCCAGAAGCAUUUUUGGUAAUGGUGCUUAUCCAGUUUGGAACCAUGGUUGUUGAUCGUGCUUUGUAUCUUCGCAAAACAGUCAUGGGAAAAGUUAUUUUCCAAGUUAUCCUUGUAUUUGGAAUCCAUUUUUGGAUGUUCUUCAUCUUGCCAGGGGUAACAGAAAGGAAAUUUAGUCAGAACACUGUUGCCCAACUGUGGUAUUUUGUCAAGUGCAUUUAUUUUGGAUUGUCGGCAUAUCAGAUACGUUGUGGAUAUCCAACUCGGGUGCUUGGUAACUUCCUUACUAAAAGCUACAAUUAUGUCAACCUGUUCCUUUUCCAAGGCUUUCGCCUCGUUCCAUUUCUUACGGAGCUGCGAGCUGUUAUGGACUGGGUAUGGACUGACACCACUCUCAGUCUUUCCAGCUGGAUCUGUGUAGAGGACAUUUAUGCACAUAUAUUUAUACUAAAAUGCUGGCGGGAGUCAGAAAAGAGAUAUCCCCAGCCACGAGGCCAAAAGAAGAAAAAGGUUGUGAAAUACGGAAUGGGUGGAAUGAUAAUAGUUCUGCUGAUUUGUAUCGUGUGGUUUCCUUUGCUCUUCAUGUCCUUGAUUAAAUCAGUUGCUGGGGUCACUAACAAGCCCCUAGAUGUGUCCAUUACAAUAACCCUUGGAGGUUAUCAGCCUAUUUUUACCAUGAGUGCACAACAAAAUCAGCUGCAAGGCUUGAAUGACAAUGAAUUUAAGCAUUUACAUAAUAUAUAUAAAGGCAAUACACCUGCCAUGCAGUUUCUGGAAUCCUAUAUGCAGGAAGACAUCACCAUAGCAGGACUGGAAGGCAAUUCCAACUCUCUGUGGACCAUCAGCCCUCCGAGCAGGACAAUGAUGAUAGAAAGACUUAUCCAGGAACCUGACUUCACAGCGGUCAUUUCUUGGUCCAUUCGAAGAAAUGUGAGUCUUGGAGCUAAGGCAGAGGUAACAGGUGAAAAAUAUACAAUAUCACUGGCAGGUCAAACUCGGAGGGAACUUGCGGAUAUGAUGAAUAGUUCAUCUCCCAAUAAGACAGUGGAACUGAUAAAGAUAUACCCAUUGUGUUUAAAAGCACCAAGUGAUGUUACUGCAAAACCCAUCCUUCAGCUUCUUAAGAAUCAAGAGUUUGUGAAUAUUAGCGUUUUACUAAGAAAAGAAAACACAUCAGAAGGGGUUCGAGAAUGGUGGGUAGUGAAUCAAAGCCAUAAAGAGUUCAUUAAGAAGGAUGGCCUGGAACUAUGGGUUUUCAGUGACAAAGUCAGUCCUCCAAGUCUUGGAUUCUUGGCAGGCUAUGGAAUAAUGGGACUAUAUGCCUCUGUAGUUCUCGUAAUAGGAAAGUUUGUGCGUGAGUUUUUCAGCGGAAUUUCGCACUCCAUCAUGUUUGAGGAGCUUCCCAACGUUGACCGUAUACUGAAGCUGUGCACAGACAUUUUCCUUGUGAGAGAGACUGGAGAGUUGGAACUGGAGGAAGACCUGUAUGCCAAAUUAAUAUUUUUGUACCGCUCCCCAGAAACUAUGAUCAAAUGGACAAGAGAGAAAGAUAAAUGAUGUCCAAUGAAUUCAGUUAACUUCAUCUGAAUGUUUGAAAAGCACAAUAGCCUCCGAGCUCAUAUGAGAGCCUGGAACCUUACAAUGAAGUAGAUAUUUUAUCUCCCACCAGAGCCCAGUAAGGGGAUACUGUGGGCUUCAUGUUGCCUCUGGAACUAGAGAAAGAAACGGCAAAAGGCAGGAGUCCGAAACUAUAAAGUUUCUCUAGAAAAGAUGACAAAUUCACCCAGAAGCAACCUGCCGCUACGGAAUGUCCUGUGAGGGGAAAACCGAAUUUGAAUAGACUUCUUAUUUGCUUCUUUGGAAAUGACAUCACUUGGAAUGUGCAAUACUCUGCAUUACAGGGUCCGAAAACCUUUCCGGCACAAAACGAUGAGAAGUUUCCUUUGUGAUGAGACUUGUUGCCUCAAAGGGGUGAAAGUGACUGGACCUGCUCUGUGACAAGCAGAUAAUUUAUGCAUUGCUGCCUCUGUGGGCACACACACAAUUGAAACACACAAAAAGACGACAAUCUUGUUAACUGCCUUAUUUUGUUUUUGUACAGUCCAAAAAGUUCCUUCAAUUAUGAUUAACUUUUUCUCAGGAAAAUCAAUUCAUCAUAAAGCAUUGAGCGAGAGAAUGAGAAAGGGAACCCUUCAGGCCCCUUCCAUGAGUAUAGCUUUCAAUUGGAUACCCGAUUGUCAAAUUGUAUCUGAGCAGGUUAAAAUGCAUGUCCUCGUAUGUCCCUUUUCCUGCAUUUCUAGGAAUUGGCAUUUUGCUUCCUGUUUUUUUAACUGUACAAAAUAAUGUUUACAAGAAUAUCCUUAACAUUUUUACUACACUAAAACAGCUUUCUAGGUUCCUCAUUAUUGAACAUCAUUAAUCACCUGUCAGAGACAAGGCCUUUCUUAAUUUAUUACUGUUAGAGGUGAUUUAGGUUGUUCAUAAAAUAAAAACACACAUUGUAGCAUGACAUUUUGGAUUGCAAAGCUCAACGGCAGAGAGAAUGAUAGGCAGGGUUAGGGUUUGCUUGAAGGGCUUACUGUUUUAGUUCUAAAUCAGUGAUGGCUGCCAAUAAAGAAUUCUGUGAGUAUUUCUCCUAUGCCUUCCCUCCUUGCAUUAGAGUUGCAGAAACCAAAUGUUUUUUCCUUUGCAACCUUCUUUACCAACUAAAAUGAUGCACAGCCAACAAAUAUUUCCCUUUUACAUUCCUACAUUCUUACAGCAAGGGCUACUUAAAAGAAUGCAUUUGUUUGCAGACCACAGGGGAAGAUAUCCUUUCCAGAAACAGGGAAUUGGUCCAUUCCGACUCCCAUUCUAAGAAAAACACUGUACCGUGUGAGCAUUUGCUGAAUGAACUCGAGAGCUGACGUUUCGUUAGUGCACACCUAUAAGAUCCAGAAUGCUUAGGACAAUGUUAUUUUGCACUGAAACAAAGGAAUCUUACCUAAAAGCCUACUAUUUUCAGUGGCAAUAUCCCUAUGUUGCUAAUUGAUAAAUAUAUUGCAGAUGUCUUUAACCACUAAAUUUAAGCCAUGCCGGUUACAAUGUUGUAAUCCUGUGCUGCUUUCCUAAAACCCUUCUUUCUUUCUGUACUUGAAAAUGACAUUAAAACCUGUUUUCAUUCCUGAUCUCCUAAUUGCAUGAUACACAGCAGGUGUUAUGGGUCCGAUAACUGCUGUAAGGUUUUAUUGACAAUGGAUGAAGUUUGUAGAAUAAUAUCUACGUAACAUGAGACAUUUACAAUGGCUGCUUUUUUUCUUACAACGAAACCAUUUUAAAAUAAAUUUUUUUUCACAAUC